AUAUGAUGAGAUUUUAGAUUUUCCUACCUAUGCACUUCGAGUUCGGGGGUAGUACUGUUAACAGGUACGAACUCGUAUUGUCUCAGAUCCCAAAACCAAUCUGUUGUUCGAUUCCCAUUUAGAUCCAUCGGUAUGAGUAGCCAAGGAAGAACCGCAGUGAGGCGGAUAGGUCUAGCUAUAUUCGGUCUYCCCCCCCUGCUAGUCAUCCCGGCAGCCGCCAUUUACAGGGAAAAUCACAGGCCGAAAUUCCCGCAGCAAUACAAGCUGCAAAAUCUAAAUGGGAAGACKGUGGUGGCAACCGGCGCUUCUUCUGGGAUCGGCAAAGCCGCUGUCGAAACACUUAAAAAUCUAGGAGCAACCGUUGUAUCAGGAAGCAGGUCGGAGGGGAAUCUCGAUCUAUCGGACCUUUCGAGCGUGAAACGAUUUGCCAGGACUAUCGAUGAAUGCGACGUUGUCCUAGCCUGUGCAGCGGAGAUAUACWCGRAAAAGGGGGUGACGAGCGUGGAUGGAUUUGAUAAGGCAUUUGCGACGAACCACAUCGGUCURCAGGCUCUGUUGAUGGAGCUAGGCAAAARGAAAUUGAAACCUGCUAGGGUGGUUGUUUUGGGCAGUAAGCUCGAGCGCAACGGUCUCGUCGACCCGGAAAUAGUUUUGAGGGAACACGGGAAGAGACUGAACGACAGGCCCAUCGAAGACCAGAGCGGUGUCAAACUCUACAGCGAUACGAAACUCUGCAAUCAGAUGCUGGUAACAACACUGGUGGAUAARUGGCCAGAAACGAAGGUCUUUAGUGUAUCGCCGGGAAUGGUGAAUACCGGAUUGUGGCGAAACUUUCCGGCAUGGUUUCAGGUUUUGACGUGGCCUGUUCGCACMGUGGCACUGAGAACGCCGGAGGACGCGGCACUCGGAGUAGUCUAUGCUUGUGCUAGCGAAGAAGCGGGAAACGAAAGGAGUGGGGCCUUCUUUGUGGACGGCAGUGUUGAGCAACCAAGCGAAGAAAGCAGAGAUUCCGUGAAGGCCAACAGGCUCUGGGAGGUUGUCGAGAAUUUAAYAAGAGAUCCACCACGAACAUGAAGCAAGUUCAUCUCAAAACUUCUAGCUACAAUGGUCGCAUGAAGUAGAUGCAUAAACAAAAAUUUUGGAU